AUGAUGAUAAACGAGCACUACAGAGGCGGAAAAAGCAACCGAGAGAUCGGCAGGCUCUUAGGACGCGACGAGAAGGCAAUAAGGAACUACUUGAAGCGCGGGAAGGCGUCCUCGCUGACGAAGAGGACAGGAAGAAAGCCGAAAAUAGUUGGCCGGGAGGCCAGGCGCGUCGUUCGACUGGCAAUUGUUCGAAACCUGUCCGCCCAAGAGAUCGCAGGACUGCUCCCAUCGACACCAAGCAAGUCUACGGUACUCCGCGUACUACGUAGCAACCGCUACGUCACGUACGCGAAGAGAAGACUUACCCCUGCCAUCAAGCCGCUUAUAAGAAGGCUAGGGUAG